CAUCACCUUAAUUCUGUCUAGUUACGUGGCAUUCGCAUAUUUUUAAACUCUGGCUAAAGUUACUUGGGACACCCUGAAUAAUGACGUCUUGCGCUGACACAAAAUGGACAGCACAGGUAAUGCCACAAUUUCUUCAACGACUUCUCCUUUUUCUUGGUGUCUUGCGGCCCCACCCCCUCUUAUCCUUCAACACCUUCAUAACGUUUCUUGCGAAGAGAAAAAAGAAAGUCAAAACUUGGCACAACAUUCGUAAAACCGUAGAACAAGCCCAAAUUUGUCAACUUUACAAGUAACUCGGGAGAGUUGGCAGGUAUAUGCGGACCUGUUACUGUAGACGACACAACGGACACAUUCAAGCGAGUCGAGAGCUCAGUGCAGAUACCGCUGUAAAACAGACAAAAUGCCCCCUCACACGCGGCAAAACACGGCAUGUACAGCUUCUGAGCAGCGCGCUUCGCCAGAAGAUACGCGGCGAUUUUCCAAAAAUAGUGCCGCUGUCAUUACUUGAAACACACACGUUCUGUCUAGAAAAAAAAAAAAAGAAAGAUGAAGUGCAGGGAACGCGGUUCACGUGGCACAAAAAAAGAAGCAGAAAGAAAAACGCGCAGAGGGCGAGUGUUUCACGAGCAUUCCAUAAAUGACUUUCUCUCUCUCUCUCUCUCUCUCUCCAAUUACGGUCUGUGUGUCCUAUGCGACGGCAGGUGCGCGAAAGCGGGCCACGCGUGUCGGCAGCAUAGACACGCCAGGCAGUGUCGGCACGAUUGGCCGACCUCCUGAACCCUCGCCUCUCGUCGAAUAACGUGCACACCCAUACGCAACAACUAUAUGCUCGAGCAUCCUCUUUCUCUUAGCGUCCCGCUGAAAUGACGCAAAAUGCCAAAACUGGUGCUCACUAAUAUGUGAAGAGUAGGGACGGAGACAAAAUAAGAGCGGGGGAGGCGGGGCUGACCUUUCUUUUCAUGCAGCGGCUAAACGCUAAUGGCCAGAUCGGCGGUCUUAAGUCAUUGCCUCCGAGAUCCGGCGGCUCGCGCUGCGACACCCCGAUCUCAUAGGCAAUGACUUGAGGCAUUCGAGAUCCCUACAAAAAUUGCCUGCGGGAAACCAGGCGCUAGUGUCUAACUAUAAUAGAGCUGCAAGACGUGGCGGUUCGGCCAGCUUGUGAAAACGUUUUUUUUUUUGUUGUUGUUUUUCGGCCUCCCGUGCGUGGCUGUACUGACUGACCAGUUUGCAUUCGCAGGUUAGAAAGGGGGAGGGAGAGGGCAUAGAAGUUAACUACUUUGUUUAGUUGUUGGUGUCGUUUACUCUGCACAAGUGGCACAUACCCACCAUGGGGGGGUUAGCCACAAAUUGGGCGGUUUGCACAAAAUGAAUAAAACAAAUUUAGAAGAUACUGUCCGUUGGUUGGCUACCUGACACGUGAGGAGCCACUUUUUUGCGCGCCAUCUUUGACGGCGGGAAUACGAAGAUGAUGAUGAAGAGGAGGAGGAGGAGGAAGACGCCGCCGGCCGCAGCGCCCGGUCCACAUCCGACCCGUCGCCAACGACAAAGGCAGGCAAGCACACCGCGAAGUCGACUGCGCGCGCCUUUGCUCUGCGGCAGCAAUGGACGACACCGCGGGGCGACAAGAACGCGCAUGAGAUGUCGUCCAGCCGGGCCGGCGGGGGCGACGACGAAGUCGACGGGGCGGAGGGCGGGGAGCGAGCCAGGCGGAGCGCGCUCGACACCCGCAACGUGGUGGUCAACCUGCGGGCGCUCGCAAUCACCAGCGUGGCGGUGGACACGUGCAAGCUGGCGCUGGCCACCGUGACCACGGUGCGCCGACAGCCCAACCGCGGCUUCGUGUUCCUCGCCUCCAUCGCCGUGUGGUCGCUGUCGGCCAAGCUGGCCGUCAUAGUCGCCAGUCUGGCCGCGUACGGGCUCGUCUUCUGGGCGGCGUCCCGCGAGGCCCGCCGGCCCAUGCUGGCCGCCGCCGCGGUAUUCGCGGUCGCCAUCGCGAUGCGCUUCCUCUUCAUGAUCGAGGGCGCCGUGGUCGUGCUCCAGGAGAGCGUCACGCCGGCGCACGCCAACCAGAGCUCCGCGCUGGACGCGCCGCACCUACGUGCGUCGGCCGACCACGGGGCGGUACUCACCAAGUCAGAGCUUCACGGACCGAUGGUACACAUGAAGCAUCAAAUCUUGGACGCUCACAGUUCCAACACAGUUGUGGCAGCACCACCACCUGCUCCAAGCAUUGUGGAUAUUGUGCUGAAGAUAUUGCAAGUGAACAUCAUCCACACAUGCUCUGUGGCGGUGCAUGUUGUUUUCCUUCUGGUCCUUCGAAAGUACAUGCGAAGCACAAAGGUCAAGCAGCGUCUUGAGGACAUGCCAGCCGAAGCACGGACGUGAAUUCAAGAGUGCACAUGGGCCACCUUGACAACUGUUCGUGUAUAGUGAACGGCACAAGGAAAUGCAGCAUGUGUAACCAAGCCAUCUGCACGUAACUGUGUUCUGGUGUCAAAUGCUUGCAAUUAUGCCAUGCAAUGUGAUUGAAGGUCUGUCAGCAAAUGCCAGGACAAAACGUGUAAAAAGUUUUGAUAAUGUGCGUAACGCUUGUUGUGAUAUAUGGACGUCAUGAAUAUAUAUGACAAGAACAUAUGUGCACUUUCAUUGCCAUUACUGUAUCCUGCAGAAACUUCAUGCCCUUACUGGUUGCAUUAAAUGCAUGAAAACCAACGUCAAUUAAAAGUGUAUUGCGCUGCCAAUCAUUCUUUAUAGACGUCAGAAGUGCAUCCGUUAUGCUUCAUGCACUAAUUGGCACCUUUCACGAGUCCAAAGAAUAAUAUCGCGGUAACGCUGCUUCGGUUCAGGUUUGAAAUAUGGCUCAAAGCGCGUCGAUUCCAAGCUCGUCCGUGAACACAACUAACGGGGCGCGCUCUGGUGACAAUCCAAACAAGUAUUCUCCGUCCCGAUAUAAAUAACGCGGCGUUCGCAUUUAGCAUCAGCGACCACAUUAGACAGCAGUUCAGUGUGUGCAACUAAUUCAACUUCUUAUUUGAAAACAACGCCCGCCAUCAAACAUCAAAGGAUGAUUUAGAACAGGUCACCGUAGCGCUCUACACACAUCGGCGCAAAUCACUGCAGAGCAAAAGCAAACGCGCUUUCCAGCCGUGUCGCCGGCUCGUGAGUCACAGUGGGCGUGAUCUGCGAAGCUGUUAUUCAAACCUCUGUUCGUUAACGCACGGCAUCCAGGGAGAAAUACUCGGAAAGGACACUGAGCAGUGAAGGCGUCGUCGUGCGACUAAUAAAGGCACACUUCACACCACUAUACUUUUCCUGUCGCAACAGCAGGAA